UCAGGAAUAAAUCUUAUAAUAAUGGAAUAUUUUGUUAAUCCAGUAAAUCGUGGUUUUUUCUGCAAUGAUAAUUCAAUUUAUUUUCCUUACAAGCAAGAAAUAAUUAACUCGACUCUUUUAGCUUUUAUUAUAUUCGUAAUGAUUGUAGUGAUCGUAAGUUUCUCAUAUUCUAAUUGUUUGCAUGUGGCAAAAAUAGCCAAUAUUUCAGUACAUUGUCUAUUUGCAAUAUUCAUAAAUUUGUAUAUUUGUCAACUAACCAAAUUAUCAGUUGGACGCUUACGACCACAUUUUCUAGCGGUUUGUAGGCCAAAUAUUGAUUUAGAAGCAUGUGCUAAUACGCUUAAAUAUAUCGAAACGUACAACUGCACUGGGCCUUACAAUGUAGUGCGGCAAGCCAGGUUGUCAUUCUUCAGUGGACAUGCGUCGAUAGCGAUGACUGCCUUGUACUUGCAAGCACGCUUUCCUCGACAUUUAUAUGGAUUGGGUAGCCUACCACUUAUACAAAUGUUCGUGCUUAGUAUCGCUCUAUUCGUUGGCUUUACACGAAUUCGAGACAAUUCGCAUCAUCCAUCCGACGUUUUAGCUGGAUACAUAUUCGGAACGAUCGUUAGUAUAAUCGCGGUAUUUUUGUUUUUACCUCCCAUGUUUUCUUGUGGAUCUUAUUUAAUUAAUUAG